AUGCAGACGGAAGUCGAGGGACCACGGCCGAAGAGGUUGAAGAUUGCGGUGGCGUGUGAGCUGUGCCGGGCGAGGAAAAAGAAGUGUGACGGGUCGCGGCCGGUGUGCAACCAAUGUCACAAAAAACGCACCCCCUGCGUCUAUCGCCCCGAACCCAGCGGAUCGGAAUCCACAGGCGUUUCCGGCUCCGGAUCCUAUCAUUAUCCCCCCCGUAACCCAUCCUCAUCAACACCGGCCCCAACCCCCGGCGCCACCCAACCCCACGAGGAUGCACCAGACGACUCGGAACCCCCACGCGGGUAUGUCCACGGCGUGUGGGCCGGCGAAGUGCGCGCAGCAUGGGAUUCACGUCUGGGGAUCCCACCGGGGAAGCGGGGGGCUAGUCUGACGCCGUUUAAGGAUGCGCCGCUGUUUGAUCUCCGGUUGGAUGAAGACCCGCCUGAAGGGAAUGCGAAUGUUACUGCACUUCCGCCUCGGCAUGAAGCAGAUUAUCUAGUUGGGCUGUACUGGUCGCAUAUUCAGCCUUUGGAACCGUUUCUUGACGAGCAUGCUUUUCGCGGGCGGUAUGAUGCCCUUUUCGCUAAUCCCAUCGCCAAGCCGGGAAGUGGUGUUGACGACCGCAUCUUCCUCGCCACCUUAAACAUCGUCUUCGCCCUGGCAACUCAACUCCAAGAAACCAUCCCAGCCCGAGAGCGGGACCGGGUGGGGGGGAUGUAUUUCCGACGGGCGUGGGGGUUGUUUUUUAUGUGCGGGCAGGAUCUGUUGUUGUUUGCGACGGAGGCGGUUGGGGUUGAGACGGUGCAGUGCUUGUUGAUGAUGGGGAGGUAUUUGCAGUGCUCGAGUAAUCCGCAUCGGACGUGGAUGGUUGUGGGGGCCGCGGUGAGGAUGGCGCAGAGUAUGGGGUUGGAUCGGGGGGAUCUGAAGGAGAAAGGGAGUGGGGUUUCUGGUACAGGUGGGAGUGGAAGUAAAAGUGGGAGUGGGAGUGGGAAGGGGUUUAGGAGGCGGUUAUGGCAGCUCUGUGUCUUUGCCGACAGACAAGUCUCCUGGAUGACCGGCCGAGCAUCAGCCGUCUACCUCCCCACAACCCACCCGCACCUAGCCCAUCAAACCUCCGACCCCCACGACGAUCCCAGCAGCGACCGGUACAUGUGCCUCACCAUGAAACUAUACGACAUCUGGAACCUCAUCUCGCUAUCCUUCCACUCCUUCCGUGUCGGUCCCGGCUCUUCUGGUGUCCCUCCACGGUCGGCACCGCCGCCUGUAUCGCGGUUCGAGGAGCAUUUGAAUAAUGUCUCGCGGUUUGAUGUUGCGCUGGAGCGGUGGGAGAGGGAGUUUACGGCUGAGAUGGGGUAUGUGCCACGGGAGAGGGGUGAUGGUGGUGGUGGUGAUCGGGUUUUGCAUACGCAGGCCGUGCUUUUGCGGAUGAGAAGAACCCUCCAUGCCCGCCUCACCCUCUUCCGGCCCAUGCUGGCUCGGCACUGCCUGCUGCGACCCCCGGAGCCGGCCCCUGAUGGCACUACCCCCGAGAAACCCCUCGGCGGCACCCUCAGGAGUCGCAUCGUCGAGGAGUCUGCUGCGCUGUGCGUGGAGAAUGCACAAAUCUUACUUCGCCUGCUUGUGGACGAGUGCUGUCCUCGGCCGCCGUCUACCACUGGCAGUAAUCCGAGUAAUCCCGGUUCUUACACAUCGAGGGAUGCCAACCGGGCCAGCACUACCGCAGACGGGGACCACAGACACGUCGACAUCCCCUGGUGGCAACGUGUGUUGUAUUUACAUGUAGCCGGGAUUGUGUUGCUAGCCGCGGCACUACAUCACCAGCACCAGCAGCAGACGCCGAGUGCGUCUAUGUCGUCGUUGCCGACGCUGUCUGCGGAUACGAUUGCCCUGGUGAUCCACGCUUGCCGUGCGCAUGCUCAUCUCACGCCGUUUUCUGGGCAGUGUCUGGUGAUGUUUGAGGCGCUAGCUGAUCGGGAAGGG